CUUUGUCUUCUCGAGAAAGGAGUCAGAAAAAGGAAUGUAAUUAGCUAUUUUAAAACAUUCAGAAAACUGAUAUGGUAGAUCAACUUAGGCUGUGGGUGGACGAGGAACACAGCCCAAGGCAACGAAUUUUCAAUAUAAAAGUGCAAGGAUUCAAACAGUAUUAGAGUCAUAAAGACAACUUCUUCUGUAACAAACCUAUGAGCAUUUUUACGUUAGAGCAAAUCAAAGAGAAUUGCAUUUAGUCGUCAAAAGUAAGGGCCGCCACGAAGCUCUUCGGAACGUCUCACAGGAAUGGCUGAGAAAAUGAUAUACAAACAAUGGUAACAAGGGACCCUAGCCCAAAAACAACAGAGUUUCGUGCUGACAAGAUCCAAUGAAAUUAGAGGUUCUAGGGAGCUUCAUGAUAACAGAAAGUAAAUGCCAAGUAAUUUCAAAUAUAAAGUCCAUGAUAUAUGAGAAAAGUUCUUUAUCCUUGUAACAUGUAAACUGUUCUCGAUUUUCAUUGUUACGGAGACGAAAAGAACGAUAUUGUGCUGUUUGAAAAUUCCAAGGUAUUAUGUAAAUUUAACCUUCUGCUAGAACUGAAAUUGCAAAGACAAACCGACCUGUGGGGUUAAAGUAUUAUAAAUUAAACUUGCAUAGGUUUUUUCUGAAAAAAGAAUCAUUUACCUAGACUACACCAUAACUGGCUCCACUCCCUUAAUUGUCGGAGAAAUUUAAUUAAUUUGAUUAAAUAGCCUUUUCAUUGCACCCUGUGCGUUUGGAAAAAAAAAAAAAACAAUAAUCUGUAAAAUAUCAAAAUGAUCAAUUAUACCUCCGAUAUAACAUGCUCUGCACGUGAUAUUAUAAUUUGAAUGUAAACAGUGUCUAUUGUGAUACUUUCCCUGGGCAAAACUUUGUUUUACUGGAGGUGAUUCACACAAAAGCUCGGCCCAUAGCGACAACGAUUAAAUUACAUUUGUUUUCUGGCCUGCGAAAUCACGGAUUUAAAAUCAGAUUUCAACUGGAUUUUUUUCAAGAAGCCAUUCUUACUAAUGUUUCAUGGCAAUUUGGAUAUAUCCUGAGUGGGCAAUACUUGCCUACUUUGCAAUUGUGGUGUAACUCAUACAGUAAAUAUGAAUACCGUUAUUGAACAGUUUUCCCAAUUAAAAUGAUAUUUCUGGUCACGCUGUGAAUAAUGAAGGGACUUUUUAAAAGUCCCUAACCAUGGGUACUUUGUCAUAUGGUUUUCUUUCUUACCUGUGUAAUGAUAAUAAAAUUUGUAAGGGUAUUGAAAUUGUAACGUGGGGUCUUGACGGAAAUAAAUAUUUCAUCUCCGUACCUGUACUGUUCUAUUUGCUGCUAUUACUUUCACUGUUUUCACCAGAUACUAACUUGAACCGAAGGGCUUGUAACGAUAUACAAUGCGCCUGACAGUCUUAACUACUUUGGCUGUGGUAUUUCUUAUUGCUCUGGCAGCGGUAGAAGCAUGGAGACUUGGAUUCUCAAAAAAGUCCAGGGGAAAAAAAAGACCUGCUAAACCUGCCAAAACGACAGAAUCAACCUCGGAAACAGCAGCCCUGAAAUUGUCAGUACCGGAACCAGCAGUCCCAGAAUCGGAAUCGACCACGGCCCCGACUACGGCCCCGGCCCCGGAAUCAGUAGUCCCGGAAUUGGAAACCCAGGAACCGGUAGUCCCGGAAUCAGCAGUCACGACUACGGCCCCGACUACGGCCCCGGCCCCGGAAUCAGUAGUCCCGGAAUUGGAAACCCCGGAACCGGUAGUCCCGGAAACAGAAGUCCCCACUCCGGCCCCUACUCCGGCCCCAGCCCCGGAAUCAGUAGCCCCGGAAUCAGCGGGCCCGGAAUCGGGAUUCCCGGAAUCAGCAGCAAACAACAUAACACAAUCAAUAUUUGAAAAAGUAGUGGAUAACGUGGUUUACUCACUGCAGGGCAGGCGUUAGCCGCCUUGUUCUAGAAUAACGUGGAUCAUGAAAAAUAAAAUAAAACGAAGAAACAGGAAUGAUUAGAGAUGUGAUUAGAGUAUAGAAGAUGUGGAAUAAAGAUCCA